CCGCCCGGAUGAGAACCGUGGGGAUGUGAGAAGAGCUCUCUGGGACACGGUUUUCCAGACAAGUGCCUUCACAGUUCACCCAGCCAGCAUGGGGAUGAGACUGAGGAAUACGUACUGCAGCCAUCAAAUGCUUGUCAGCCUGGCAUGGCUGUGAAGGAAAGGCUGCGCCACUGUUUGUGGUGAUUAAUGAGGAGUGGCUGCCUGGUUGUUUCUCAACACUUGGAGCAUCUGGGCAACAAUGGACCUGACUUUGUGGCAGUACCAGUUCCGGAUCAUCAUGCUGGGGGACUCCACGGUGGGGAAGUCCUCCAUGCUGAAGCGCUACACAGAGGACCUGUUUCUGGAGUCUAUCAACCAGACAGUAGGUGUAGACUUCUACGUCCACUUCCUGGAGGUGGAGCGUGGGGUCCGUGUCAAGCUGCAGUUCUGGGACACGGCUGGACAGGAGAGGUUCAGGUCAGUGACUCGUUCUUAUUACCGCAACUCAGUCGGGGGCCUGCUGGUGUUCGACAUUACAAGCCGAGCCUCCUUUGAUCACGUCACGGAGUGGCAUUCUGAGGUGUGCGAGCGCGUGCAGCCGCACAAGGUUCUGUUCGUCCUGGUGGGCCACAAGAGCGACCGAGAGGCUGAAGGGGAAAGGGCGGUGAGCCGGGAAGAGGCUGAGAGGCUGGCAGGACACUUGGGCAUGCCGUACAUGGAGGCCUCUGCCAAGACUGGUCAGAAUGUGAGGGAGUCCUUCGAGCUGCUGACCCGACGGGUCUACCAGGGUCUGCUGAGCGGGGAGGUCGAGCUGCAGGAAGGCUGGGAUGGUGUGAAAUGCGCUGCGCCACAGGCGCUGCAGCUACAGAGAGCCAGCGUUUCCCGACCCAGCACAGCCCCCGAGAAGAAAAAGAAGUGCUGCCAGUAAACGCCUUACUGGCAACCGUCACUCACGUGCACUCGUGCUGCUGUGAGAGCAAAACCACCUGCCGGGAAGUUGGAUUGAUGGUAUCAAUCUACUGUAAUGUGUGCCCUUUUUUUUUUUUUUUUGUCCCACCUGUAUUCUGAAAAUACAUCCUUUAUCACUUAGUAAUACAAAGGACAUGAAUCCCAAAACAAGUAGAUUUAAAUGUAGAAUGCAAAAGAUAUGUUUUGUGGAAUUUCAUGACUAGAAAGAGACUGUCUUUAAAACAUUUAGACUUACUGUUCAAUGUUCUUAAGAAGGACAAUGAACACUUUCAAUACUUGACUGAAUUUGCUCUAUUUUCACUAAAUUCUCAAUUGUGCUCAAAGCGUAUAUCAGGAUCAUUACCCUGCAGAAGAAAUACUCAGCAUUCAAGUCUAGCUUGCGGUGUUCCCUGCAAAGUAAAGCUGCUGCACAAGUGAGGUUGACUUUUAGGGGCAAAUAUUAUAGAUUUUUGUAUUUUCAAGACACAUGGGUUUAAUUCUCUCCUCUGUGGCCCACAGCCCAUCACACUAAUGGACUGAUGAGGUCAUUACUUAACCUCAGUUCGGAGACACCAAGGGUUGUAAAGCUGAUGUCCGGUGGUUUGUGCUUUUUUUUCCCCAAUCAGUCUAAUAGGUACUAAGGGGGUGGGAAAAAGUAACUGUGUCACAAUUACAUUCAAUCUAAAGUCAGGGGAUAUCACUUUUUCCUCUACUAUUGAUUUUUGUAUCUCAACACCUGUAGCCUAGCCAAUUUUCCAGCACUGAAAAAGUGGUUUCCAACCUCACAGGAGCGAUUAGAUAUAUUUUAGAGGUUAGAAUGUGAGAGAUUGUUCCCUAGUAAGGAAAUACUUGGAAUUUUUCUUUUAAAUAAAGCAAAGAAAUCUAUUGUUGAUGCAUGUCCACACCAGGGUUGGAACUUACAAGAGGUUGAAAAGUUGGUGGAGCAACUGCACUGUAUAACCAUUCAGUGUUUUUGUCCAUGUUCUGUUUGUAACAGCAGUAAUGGUACUGAGGGUCUUGGUUUAGAAUAGAUUAAAAACAUUGCCUUUAUGUGUACUAAUCUUUUGUUCUGAGGAGUUACACAGAAAGGCUUUAAUCUAUGUACCAAUAAUUUUCACAGCAUGCUAUAAAAGUCCUGUUUUUGGGUGCUGUUGUUGAAACCAAUUUCUUGGGCAUCUUUGAAUAUUGUUCUUUUGAAAUGUUUUGACGGGUUUCAAUAGCAAUCACAGUUCAUCCAACUGCAUCUAAAACGAAGACAGAUCGUCAAUGGUUUCUGUUACUAACCCGCCAACUGGAUUUAACAGAUCAAUAUUAACUGAUGCGCCAACCUUUGCUUUGGAUAUUAAUUCUACUGGAAGAUUCACGUUAAAAGCCACCUGACAUAAAAUACGGAUAAUUUAACAUUUUAAACAAACAUUGAAUACCUAUUAACUUAACAACGGCAAUACGUUUUCCAUUUAGAUCGUUGGACUAGUCUUGUGACCAAAUGGAUAACAUUCAGUAGGUUUUUCUCACACUAUCAAAACCGCUCCAUCAGAGGAUAUCCUGGAGCGUCUGGUGCCAGGAUAGCAGCAACGGAUCCCUUAAGCCCUGCGGGUUAGGUUUUUAAUGUAUUUAACUUCCUUCCCACAGAUGAAACCACACUGGUAUUUGAGGACUUUGGAGCCCAGCAGCAAAUCUCAGACUCUUUCUUCCUUUAAUAUAGUGCCUUUGGCAUAUGGUGGGCAUUAUGGGUUUAUAAAAAUGUUUAGGUAGGUGGCUAGUAUCAAAGAGAUGGCCACGUGAAUGCCAGGAUGAUUUGUCUCAUCAGAACACAGGCUUGUAAGAUAAUUAGCAGUGCUACUCACUUUACCAAGUGUUUUGUUGUUCAUGUGUCUUAUCUGUGUAUAACCCAUACUGCAAAACAUGUUUUGAUAAAUUAUAC